UUUGCGCUCUUGCUUUCUGAUUCACAACAUCAAGUUUUGUCGACAUCCUACCAUACAUUUGACCAUUUAUAACCUUUCUUUAGGUCUGCAUUCACCGUAAUGUCGUCAUAUAGUUAGCCGAUGAGCGACACUAACGGAUUCGUUGGUAACGUUAGGUGAUGUUUUGACGGUGAACCGGAGAUCUCUGCAGGGAUUCGAGUCGUCAGAAGAUGGCCCCUACCAAGAUGAAACUGCGUGUUCGGAGGCGGGAGAGCGGAGGAGGUGGCCAGGAACAGGAAGAAACCUCCAAGACCUCCUCUCAGUCCGUGUCGGCCGAGGCGUCUCCUGACUCUAAAUGCCCAAUCUGUCUGGACCGCUUCAACAACAUGUCUUACCUGGACAGGUGCCUCCAUCGCUUCUGCUUCCGCUGCAUUCAGGAGUGGAGCAACAACAAGGUGGAAUGUCCUCUGUGUAAACAGCCAUUCUCCUCCAUCCUUCACUCGAUCAAGGCCCAGGACAACUUUAAAGAGUUUACUCUCAGGCCACCUCCGGUUCCGGGGGAGAACGGGACCGCAAUGAUGGCCGCUGCCGAAGCAGCCGCCGCUGCCCUGGUGACCGCCAGGGUCGGUGGUAGUCAUGGAGAACGAAGGAGGACGAGGAGAAGAGGAGGAGGAGGAGGGGGGCAGGGGAGAGAGAGGAGACAGUCAGGACGACUGUGGAGAGGGAGGGGCCUCUCUUCUGCUCCUCCUCUCCCUCCUCUUCAUCCCCCUCUUCUACCCAGGCCAGAGGAUGGAGGAAUGAGAGGAGAGAUGGAUGGAGAGGACCCGGGGGUCAUCUUUGAUGGGCUGACUGGUGUGUCCGCCCCCCCACCUCACGAUCGAGGGGUGCAGCGUCUCAUGGUGCGUCUGGCUGCUAGGCGACGGUCCCAGAGAGAGGGGCGCUCCGUAAGACUGCUCCGACCACGGGAGAUGCUUUCCUUCCGCAGGGCGCUCUACCGCAGUGGCGUACGCGUCAGGAACGCCCGCGGGGGCUGCGAGAGGCCCCGUGACAUCACUGCUGCGUUUUACCAGCGGAACCCGGUGGCUCUCCACAGACUCCUCCCCUGGUUACAGCGGGAGCUGACAGUGCUGUACGGCGCCCAUGGCUCAUUGGUCAACAUCGUCCAACGCAUCAUCACCUCGCGAAUCGCACGUCACGACAUGGAGGGAGGGGGUGGGGCCAUCCAGGACGAACUCCGGCCCUUCCUGCUGGCGAGGACUGAUCACUUCCUUCACGAGCUUAUCAGUUUUGCACGUUCCCCUCUCAGUAUGGAAGUGUAUGACCAGCUGUCCAUCUACGACCCUCCAGCGCCGUCCUACGAGGACAGGAUGACAUCAUCAUCUAGCGACACUGACGACUCUGUCAUCGCCAUUUCGGAUGAAGAGGAAGAGGAAGGAGGGUCGGAGGGAGAACGAGAGAGACGGCCGGUGUCGGUAGCAGGAAGUAGCGCUCUGAGCCAAUCUGCUUGGGACGAUGAAACACCAGGACCCUCCUACUCUACAGCUGAGCCGUCCCAAUCCCCCAUGCCGCUGUCGAUCAGCCCAGGGGGGAGGGACUCUGGUCCAGCGGGGGCUAAUCAGAAUCCUGCUCAGGACAUGACAGCGGCAGGAAAUGGAGAGAGGGUUGAGGAGGGAGGAGAGGAAGAGGAGGGGGAACAAUGUAUGAUAGUAGGGUUUGUUAAAGCCAUGGCUGAGAGAACUCCUGAACUGGUCCAACUCUCCUCUGACCCCUCAGACGACGAGGGGGAGAAACAGGAGACGAAAGAGACUGUUCCACAAACAGCGUUAACCCCUCUCUCUCUCGUUGUCCCUCCCCUCUCCAUUCCAGUUCCCCCCAUCUCUCUGAUUAAAAACACCAGCACAGAAAGACAGGGAGGAGGGGGGGAGAGACAGCGAGGAGGGGGGGAGAGAGGACUGGGAGUAAGACAUCUAGACAGAGAGAGAGAGCAGGUAGAAGAGAGACUCCUCUAUUGCCCUCUAGGGGAGAGAAGGGAGGGCAGACACCGAGAGCGGUCGUGUUCAGGAUCGCGGUCCAGAAGCAGACAUCGGUCAGCGAGCGUUUGGUCGCGGUCCGAUCGGUCCAGGAGUUCUGAACGGAGCUGGUCAGCACGGAGCCCCGUGUCCGUACGGAGCGAUGACAGCAGCCAGGAACGGCGCCGGAAGAGACGGGCGAGAGAGCGGGAGAAAAGGAGACAGGAGAAAGGAAGAGGAAGAGGCUCCCACGACAGAGGCUCCCACGACAGAGGCUGCCAUAGACAACACAGCAGAGAGCACAGGAGAGAGACCAGUGGAGGAAGUGAGAGGAGCAGAGGUAGAGAGAGAGAAAGGAUUCCAUAUGAACCAGCCAGGUCCCAAUAUUCUAACACUGGAAUAUUCUUUAGUCCGGAAAACAGCGUCCUCUCCCAUUCCCCGUCCUUAUCCCGGAGUAGUCAGCGAGGACCAGAAUCUCCUGGGGAACACCGGCAUUCCCGGUCCUCUGACAGCCUCUCUUCCUCCAGCUCCCAUCUCUCUGCACACAGACAGCCUUCCCGACAUUCCCCACGCUCCGACAAGCCGGCAGGGAAGAGGAAAUAUAAGACACGGCAUCUGGAAGACCCUUCCUGGGAGCCAUCCAGCUCUGCACGGAGAGAGAGGGGGCGAGGGGGUGAGCGAGAGAGGGGGCGAGGGGGAACAGAGGCCACCGCUAGCCCCCGGAAGAGCAGAGGCAGUCUGGAAGACCCUUCCUGGGAGCCAUCCAGGUCUGCACGGAGAGAGAAGGGGCGAGGGGGCGAGCGAGAGAGGGGGCGAGGGGGCGAGCGAGAGAGGGGGCGAGGGGGCGAGCGAGAGAGGGGGCGAGGCGGGACAGAGGCCACCGCUAGCCCCCGGAGGAGCAGAGGCAGUCUGGAAGAGAGCGUGAAGAAGAGGAGACAUCAGUCCCGCAGCCCCAGUGUCGAAAUCAUCUAUGAAGGCAUGACCGUGACCACUGCUAGCCCCUUACGACCCAAACACAACCGCAAACGCGACGGCAAACACCGGAGAAAACAACGUCACGUCCGCACCCUCCAACGCUCUCCCAUGGUCAUCACUAUAGACAGCGACAGUGACAACAAACACGCGGUCCAAACCACCAGUCUGGAAGAUGACCGCGCUCUGGAUUUCUCUGACCGUCCUUUGACCGUGCCUGGUCUUCCACGAGGCGGCCACAACAUGGACAUGGGGGUUGAUAUCAGUGAUUUUGCGGUCGAUGUUCUCGACCGUUCUCUGAGCGUUUCGGACCAUAACUCGGACAUUGACCACAAUGACGGAAUCGACCAUAAAACGGAGCUCGAUGACGACUGUGUGGUUGACGUUUCUGUCAACGCCAAGGACCGCGUUCUGAACACAAACACUAAUGCGGUCGACCGUCCCCAGAGCGCAGACGGUUAUGUUCUCCCCCAGGUCAAUCUUACCUGUGACCCUGGGGUCGCGACCUCUGACUCUCAUCUCCUAGCGACGAUCCUACAGGACCUAGAACACAUCACACUCCCUAACCUGACUUUUUUCAACAACCUGAACCCAGACCCUAACCACAGCCGUAAUUCAACCACACCGGACCACAGGGAGAACGCCAGGGAGAACGCCAGGGAGAACGCCAGGGAGAACACACCGACUCCCUGGUCCUCUGAGGGAGAGACUAACUUCAACAGCCCUGUUUCACCUUCAGCCAAUCACUCUCCGAGUUCUGAAUCAUUCACAGACUACCACCCUGCUAGUCCUAUAUCUCCUGUAGGUCACCCUGCUAGUCCUAUAUCUCCUGUAGGUCACCCUGCUGGUUCUAUAUCUCCUGUAGGUCACCCUGCUAGUCCUAUAUCUCCUGUAGGUCACCCUGCUAGUCCUAUAUCUCCUGUAGGUCACCCUGCUGGUUCUAUAUCUCCAGUAGGUCACCCUGCUAGUCCUAUAUCUCCAGUAGGUCACCCUGCUAGUCCUAUAUCUCCUGUAGGUCACCCUGCUAGUCCUAUAUCUCUAGUAGGUCACCCUGCUAGUCCUAUAUCUCCAGUAGGUCACCCUGCUAGUCCUAUAUCUCCUGUAGGUCACCCUGCUAGUCCUAUAUCUCCUGUAGGUCACCCUGCUGGUUCUAUAUCUCCUGUAGGUCACCCUGCUAGUCCUAUAUCUCCUGUAGGUCACCCUGCUAGUCCUAUAUCUCCUGUAGGUCACCCUGCUAGUCCUAUAUCUCCUGUAGGUCACCCUGCUAGUCCUAUAUCUCCUGUAGGUCACCCUGCUAGUCCUAUCUCUCCAGUAGGUCACCCUGCAAGUCCUAUAUCUCCUGUAGGUCACCCUGCUAGUCCUAUAUCUCCUGUAGGUCACCCUGCUAGUCCUAUAUCUCCUCUUGGUCACUCUGACAGUCCUAUAUCUCCUAUAGGUCACACUGCUGGUCCUAUAGGUCACUCUGCUGGUCCUGUAGGUCACUCUGCUGGUCCUAUAGGUCACUUUGCUGGUCCUAUAGGUCACUAUGCUAGUCCUAUAUCUCCUAUAGGUCACUCUGCUGGUCCUGUCGGUCACUCUGCUGGUCCUGUCGGUCACUCUGCUGGUCCUAUAGGUCACUCUGCGAGUCCUGUACAUCACAACUCUAGUGCAGUAUCACCCAUUGUCCAGCAUUCUAACAAUCCUUUAUCAUCACCCAUAGCUGGCUCUAUAUCGGUAGAAAACCCCCGCUUACCUUCUAGCACUGGGUCAUCUGUAUCGGCCAGUCCUGUAUCGGCCAGGCAUGAUCAGGAGGGGCCAAUACACUAACACGGUAUACUGCACUGACUGAUCACCUGGACACACACACUAUUACAUGAACUGCCCCACACACACACACACACGCACACAGUCACACACACUUGAACUGCCACACACACCAUUUGAAUAUGCUGAGGUUGUUUAACGUUAUUUGAUUUGAAACCUGUUGUCUUCUACAAAAUGGACUCUUGAAUGAAACUGUCUUUCUGCAGGAAAAAAAAACAAAUAAAAUCACAUUUGACGAUAACUUUA